UCGACAAUCUGGCAAGUUAUCGAUUUCGAUUGUCAAUUGUAUUUUGUUCUGGUACCAUUUUCGUUACAAUACACUUGAAGUAUUUUAAAUUUUUACUUGGGAUACAGUACAAUAUUAAAAAAUGAGUGCCUUGGGAAAAUCACAAUAUAUGGAAAUCCCUUACGUUGCCCUUUCAGUUCAACUUAAAGCUAUAGAAGAGGAGCUUAAAACAUCCAACACGAAGAACGAAACGUUGACACCAGAAAUAAAUAUAUCUAAGUUAAGCCAUGCUAUCAGAAUAGAAAUUGAGAGUGGACAUACAAUUGAUGUCAAUGAUUACUUUCAACGGAUGCUUAAACUAUACUACCAAGAUGAAAUACCUUUAAAGCACAUUGUUAGAAUAAUUUACCAGAUCCUUUUAAUAACUUUCCAACAUUUUGUAUAAAACUUAAACAUUGUCUCGAAAACGGUGAUUCACUGUCGCUAACUGAACGAUUUUAUGAAAUUGUUACAAAUAAUUUAAACGGAGAACUCAUUUUCGAC